AUGCAAACCGCCUUCGACCAACUGCCCUUGGCCUGCGUGGUCGGAGGGCACAUUUUAUGCGUCCAUGGCGGCGUGGGUGAUGGACGCUGGGACUUGAACGACCUCAGAGCUGUGCGACGACCCUUGGGGCAACAGGAGUUGGGCUCUUCCAAGUUCCGCUGGGUGCACAACAUCCUCUGGUCCGAUCCCAUCGAAGACGACCGCGCCCAGCGCGACGCCGAGCGCGACGCCCUGCAUGUGUGUAUCCUUUGUUGUGCAGAAUGUUUGUAUCCAUGGCCAAACCUGACCAGGUUUGGAUGGGAUGUGACCAAGACCUUUUGUGCUCGCAAUGGGGUGGACAUGGUGGUUCGUUCGCAUCAGUCCAAGAAGAAUGGCCUCGGAUUCGACUUGAUGCACGACGAAUGCCUCAUUCGUGUUUUCUCCGCCCGGGACUACGAGGGCCACUGCAACGACGGCGCGGUGCUGCUGGUCCGUUCGGGCGAGGACGAGGGCCUCCAGGGACGGCCCUCUCUGUCCGUGCGAGCGCAAGUGGUGGGCUCCUAUGGGAAGGCGGUACAACGAUCCCAGGCGAAGUCCAAGGGUCCGGAGACCGGUGGGGCCCACCUGUGGCAGGGGUAA